AUGGACAAGGACAAUAAAGUCCAGCAGGUAGAAUGCCUUGAGUAUGGUCAAAACGGAUACACUUCCAGCAAAGUUGGCGUCAAGGACAACAAUCCUCUAUCUGGUCUUACUGUGGCAGAGCUCCGAGAUCAGGCAAAUCUGUUCUGCGAUACCUAUGGCUUCGAGGACAAAUUUGAGACAUUCCACAAAGCUGCUUUGAUAGCUCAGAGACCAACAAUCUUUGAGUCUAUCGAGUCUUUGACCGAAGACGAUAAAUACUGGCUUCGUCGAGAAAUCACCAAUCGCUGGGACCUGCCAUGGGCGAUGUACAUGUGUAUCAUGAUUGUCUCUAUCGGAUCUGCUGUACAAGGAUGGGACAAUACAGGCGCCAAUGGAGCCAAUCUCUCUUUCCCGGAAGAGUUUGGCAUUGCGGAUCAGCCAUGGCUGAUCGGAGUAAUCAAUGCUUCGCCUUCUUUAUUCGGGUUACUCAGUGCAUGGGCAGCAGAUCCCGUCAACAACUAUCUCGGCCGUCGGGGCACAAUCUUCCUUACAGGUCUCUUCGUUGUAUUCCCCGUGCUUGCACAAGGAUUCACCAAAGACUGGAUUGGCCUUAUGAUCUGCAGAUUGUUCAUGGGUCUUGGUAUGGGCAUCAAGAUAUCAACAAUACCUAUCUACAGUGCUGAGGUAUCACCGGCCAACAUCCGUGGAGGCAUUGUCACCAGCUUCCAACUUUGGGUCGCGUUUGGUAUUCUGCUAGGAUUCAGCACCAACCUUAUCUUCAUGAACGUUGGGCGAUUGGCAUGGCGAUUCCAACUCGCUGCUGCUUUCGCCCCGGCCUUGCCUCUGCUUGGAUUAAUCUGGUUGUGUCCCGAAAGUCCUCGUUGGUUGAUGAAGAAAGGGCGAUAUCAGAAAGCUUUCUGGGCAUUCUGUCGCAUCAGAAAUGACGAAUUGAUCUCCGCUCGCGAGAUGUUCUAUGCUCAUUGUCAGCUCAUGGCUGAAGCCGAAGAGUUCAAAGGGAAGUCGCUCUCCAAAAGAGUGAUGGAGCUCGUCACGGUACCCAGGAUCCGUCGUGCAACAAUCUCUUCCUCGAUCAUCGUGAUUGCUCAACAGUUUUCAGGCAUCAACAUCAUGGCCUUCUAUUCGUCUACUAUCUUUUCAGAGGCAGGAUACUCUGUAAAGCAAUCUCUUCUGGCCUCAUUUGGAUUUGGUGCUGUAUCGUUCGUCUUCGCUUUUCCUGCCAUCUACACCAUGGACACUUUCGGCAGAAGGAACUUACUGCUCAGCACGUUCCCGCAGAUGGCCUGGUGUUUGCUAGGCUGUGGCUUUAGCUUCUUGAUGUCAAGUGACAACAGCGCAAAGAUCCCCCUAAUUGCUGUAUUCGUCUUCCUCUUUGGUGCAUUCUAUGUUCCAGGUAUUGGUCCAAUUCCUUCAAUCUACUUUUCAGAAGCUUUUCCUCUAUCUCACAGAGAGAUUGGAGCAGCUUUCACCAUCUGCGUCAACAACUCUGUCAGCAGUGCUUUGGGUCUCACCUUCCCUUCUCUCCUGGCUAAGAUCACGCCCACCGGCGCGUUCUGCUUGUACGCCGGACUCAACAUGCUCUCUUUCGUUGUCAUCUUCUUUGUCGUGCCUGAGACCAAACAACGAACACUUGAAGAGCUGGAUGAGGUUUUCAGUAUCCCUACGACCAGGCAUGCAUCAUAUCAAAUCAAGGUAUGGCUGUCUUGGUGGAUCAAGAGACAUAUUCUUAGGCAGAAGAGUGGCUCUUGUCCCGAGCUUCUGUAG